GGAGGAUUGUCCCAAAAUGUUACUGGAUGCACUGGAAACUUCAAAGUGAUCUGAAAACUAGCAGAAGGCUGGAUUUUAUUAGAUAUUUUCAAUAUCAAGGUGGAUCCAGAGAGACGGGACUGAAGGUCAACCAGGAUGUUUGACCCUGUUAGAUUAUAAGAUGAUGAUAUUGGACCUGUUUUCCUUGACAUCAUCACUUAAAGCUUUCUUUGGAUGAACCCAGGGAAGAGAAACGGAGGUGACAUGCGGUGAUCUGCUGGAGUUGAACCAUGUGAACCAUCUCAGUGUUUUUAUGACAGCUUUAUAGCCAGCAAAUGUUACAUGGAUAUUUGGAAAUUCAUGCCCACCCGUGUGUGUAAGGAAGAAAUCUUUUUACACACCUUUCCACCUGUACUUGUGGAUAUUUGCUGUUCAUGUCUGUGCAGACUAGAAGUCUGCUCACAUCAGAUAUCAUUGUCAGACUGUGGGAGUUGGGACUGUGCACGUGGAGAUGUACAAGCGUCGGGAAUAUGUGGAACUUUAUGAGAAGGAUCUGGCCAAAUGGGCUCUGCUACGCAACGUCAACACUGUGAUGAAACAGAGCACACUGCUGCCGGGCGACUAUGUCUGGUUGGACUUAAAGACCGGUCGGGAGUUUGAGGUGCCGGUCGGCGCAGUGGUCAAACUCUGUGACUCAGGACAGAUCCAGGUGUUGGACGAUGAAGGAAACGAACAUUGGAUCUCCCCCCAAAAUGCCACCAACAUCAAGCCCAUGCAUCCCACCUCCAUCCACGGUGUGGAGGACAUGAUCCGCCUGGGAGACCUCAACGAAGCUGGCAUCCUCCGCAACCUGCUCAUCAGAUACAGAGAAAAACUCAUAUAUACAUACACCGGCUCUAUCCUGGUGGCCGUCAACCCUUACCAGCUGCUGCCCAUCUACACGGCCGACCAGAUCCGCCUCUACACCAACAAGAAGAUUGGUGAAAUGCCGCCCCACAUCUUUGCCAUUGCUGACAACUGUUACUUCAACAUGCAGAGGAACAACCGCGACCAGUGCUGCAUCAUCAGUGGUGAGUCCGGAGCAGGGAAGACAGAAAGCACCAAACUGAUCCUUCAGUUCCUGGCGGCCAUCAGCGGUCAACACUCCUGGAUAGAACAGCAGGUCCUGGAGGCCAACCCUAUACUAGAAGCCUUUGGCAACGCUAAAACAAUCCGCAAUGACAACUCGUCUCGUUUUGGGAAAUACAUCGACAUCCAUUUCAACAAGAGAGGAGCCAUAGAGGGAGCCAAGAUAGAGCAAUACCUGCUGGAGAAAUCCAGAGUCUGUCGACAGGCCCGCGAUGAGAGGAACUACCACGUCUUCUAUUGCAUGCUGAAGGGCAUGACUGCAGAUGAAAAGAAGAAGCUGGGGCUGAGCAAAGCCACCGACUACACCUACCUGACCAUAGGUAAAUGUACAGUGUGUGAUGGCCGAGACGACUUGAAAGAGUACUCCAACAUCCGCUCUGCAAUGAAGGUACUAAUGUUCACAGACAAAGAGAACUGGGAGAUUUCUAAACUGCUGGCUGCUAUAUUACACAUGGGAAACCUCAGAUAUGAAGCUCGUACCUACGACAACCUGGAUGCCUGCGAGGUCGUCCGCAGCACUCACCUCACCACUGCUGCUACGCUGCUGGAGGUGGAUGGGAAGGACCUGAUGAACUGUCUGACCAGCCGAACUCUGAUCACCAGAGGAGAGACCGUCUCCACCCCGCUCAGCAUGGAACAAGCUCUGGAUGUACGGGACGCUUUCGUUAAGGGAAUUUACGGCCGUUUGUUUGUGUGGAUCGUGGAGAAGAUCAAUGCAGCCAUUUACAAGCCUACGUCCUCACAGCCCAAAGCUCUCAGACGCUCCAUUGGACUGUUGGACAUCUUCGGCUUUGAGAACUUCAUGGUCAACAGCUUUGAGCAGCUGUGCAUCAACUUCGCCAACGAGAACCUGCAGCAGUUCUUCGUCCGUCACGUCUUCAAGCUGGAGCAGGAGGAGUACAACCUGGAGCACAUCAACUGGCAGCACAUUGAGUUCACCGACAACCAGGACGCGCUGGACAUGAUCGCCAUCAAACCCAUGAACAUCAUCUCGCUCAUCGACGAGGAGAGCCGGUUCCCCAGGGGCACCGACACCACCAUGCUGAACAAGCUGAACUUUCAGCAUAAAGUCAACACUUACUACAUCCCUCCAAAGAACAACCACGAGACCCAGUUUGGCAUCCAACACUUUGCUGGAGUGGUUUACUACGAAACGAGAGGCUUCCUGGAGAAGAACAGAGACACUUUAUACGGUGACAUCAUCCAGCUGGUUCACUCCUCCAAGAACAAGUUCAUCAAGCAGAUCUUCCAGGCUGACGUCGCUAUGGGGGCAGAGACCAGGAAGCGUUCGCCCACUCUGAGCAGUCAGUUUAAAAGAUCUCUGGAGCUGCUGAUGAGGACUCUGAGCGUCUGUCAGCCUUUCUUCGUUCGCUGCAUCAAACCCAACGAAUACAAGAAACCUAUGUUGUUUGACAGGGAGCUGUGCGUGCGUCAGCUGAGGUACUCGGGUAUGAUGGAGACCAUUCGUAUCCGCCGCGCAGGAUAUCCCAUCCGCUACACCUUCGUGGAGUUUGUCGACCGCUACCGGGUGCUCAUGCCGGGAGUCAAACCGGCGUACAAACAGGAGGACCUGAGGGGAACCUGUCAGAGAAUCGCUGUGGCCGUGCUCGGCAGAGACGAUGACUGGCAGAUGGGAAAGACCAAGAUCUUCCUCAAGGAUCAUCACGACAUGCUGCUGGAGAUCGAGAGAGACAAGGCCAUCACAGACAAGGUCAUCCUCAUCCAGAAGGUCGUUCGAGGUUUCAAGGACAGAUCAAACUUCCUGAAAAUGAGGAAGUCGGCUGUGUUGAUCCAGAAGACGUGGAGAGGUUAUCACUGUAGGAAGAACUAUGGAGCUAUGCGAGCGGGUUUCUCUCGCCUCCAGGCUCUGGUUCGUUCCAGGAAGUUGUGUGCGUCGUAUCACGUCGCCCGUCAGCGAAUCACAGGCUUCCAGGGUCGCUGUCGGGGCUUCUUGGUGCGCCGGGCGUUCAGACACCGGCUGUGGGCCGUCAUCACCGUCCAGGCCUACACCAGAGGCAUGAUCGCCCGCCGGCUGUACAAGAGGCUGAAGGGAGAGUGGACUCUUUUCUCUCUCUCCUCAGUACCCAGAAGGAGGCUGGAGGCGGAGAAGAUGCGCCUGUCUGAAGAGACCAAACUGAGGAAUCAGAUGUCUGCAAAGAAAGCGAAGGCCGAAGCUGAACGCAAACACCAGGAGCGUCUGUCCCAGCUGGCCCAAAGAGGACGCCGAGCGGAGAAGAAGGAGAAGGAGGAGGUUCGGAGGAAGAAGGAGAUGGUGGAGGAGAUGGAGAAGGCCCGUUUGGAGCCCGUCAACGACUCCGACAUGGUGGACAAAAUGUUCGGCUUCCUGGGGACGACGACGUCUCUACCGGCAGAGGGACAAGCCCCCGCCGGCUUUGAGGACCUGGAGCGGACCCAUCACCAUCAGGAGCUGGAGGAGGAGGAUCUGGACGAGGCUCUUCCUCUGCCCGAGGACGACGAAGAGGAGGAUUUAUCGGAGUACAAGUUUGCCAAGUAUGCCGCCACCUACUUCCAGGGCACCACCACGCACACCUACGUCCGACGGCCUCUCAAACAGCCUCUGCUGUUCCACGACGACGAGGGAGACCAGCUGGCUGCUCUGGCGGUGUGGAUCACUUGGCUGAGGUUCAUGGGAGAUCUGCCGGAGCCCAAGUAGCACACGGCCAUCAGCGACGGAAGCGAGAAUCCCGUCAUGACCAAAAUCUACGAGACGCUGGGAAAGAAGACCUACAAGAGAAGCUGCCAGGCGCUGCAGGGGGAAGGCGAGACGCCUCCCAGUGACAGCCACAAGAAGAACAGCGUCCGACACAAACUGGUGUCCCUCACCCUGAAGAAGAAAUCCAAGAUCACUGAGGAGGUCACCAAGGCGCCUUAACGAUGGUGAUACGGUCUCCAUGGCAACAGCAUGCUGGAGGACCGGCCGACAUCCAACCUGGAGAAACUUCACUUCAUCAUUGGCAACGGGGAUCCUGAGACCAGGAUGAGGAUCUACUGUCAGAUCUGUAAGCAGCUGAGUCAGAAUCUCAAGAGUUCUCACGCUCGUGGCUGGAUCCUCAUCUCUUUGUGUGUCGGUUGCUUCGCCCCUUCAGACAAGUUUGUCAAGUACCUGAGGAACUUCAUCAACAGCGGGCCGCCAGGUUACGCUCCGUACUGUGAAGAGAGACUGAGGCGAACGUUUGUCAACGGGACGAGAACACAACCUCCGUCCUGGCUGGAACUGCAGGCCACCAAGUCCAAGAAGCCCAUCAUGCUGCCGGUGACGUUCAUGGACGGCACGACCAAAACACUGCUGACGGACUCCGCCACCACAGCCAAGGAGCUGUGCUGCGCCCUGUCCGACAAAAUCAACCUGCAGGACCGCUUCGGGUUCUCGCUCUACAUCGCACUGUUUGACAAGGUCUCGUCUUUAGGCAGCGGGAACGACCAUGUGAUGGACGCCGUGUCGCAGUGCGAGCAGUACGCGAAGGAGCAGGGAGCCCAGGAGAGGAACGCCCCCUGGAGGCUGUUCUUCAGGAAGGAGAUCUUUACGCCUUGGCACAACCCCGCCGAUGACCAGGUCGCCACCAACCUCAUCUACCAACAAACUGUCAGGGGCGUCAAGUUCGGAGAGUACCGCUGCGACCGGGAUGAUCUGGCAGAACUGGCCUCUCAGCAGUAUUACGUUGACUACGGUUCAGAGAUCCUUCUGGAGCGCCUGCUGAGCCUCAUCCCCUCCUACAUCCCCGACAGAGAGAUCAGCACCUCCAGGACGGUGGAGAAAUGGGCUCAUUUCAUCAUGGCUGCGCACAAAAAGGGCAUCUACACCCAGAAGAGGUUUGACCCUCAGAAGGUGAAGGAGGAAGUGGUGGACUUCUCACGCCACAAGUGGCCUCUGCUUUUCUCUCGUUUCUACGAAGCCUUCAAGUUCUCAGGUCCCAGUCUGCCUAAAAAUGACCUGAUCGUCGCUGUCAACUGGACCGGGGUUUAUUUUGUAGAUGAGCAGGAGCAGGUCCUCCUAGAGCUCUCCUUCCCAGAAAUCACUGCAGUUUCCAGCAGCAGUGGAGGAAAGUUACAGAGUCAGAGUUUCACGUUGGCGACCAUCAAAGGAGAAGAGUACACCUUCACCUCCAACAACGCAGAGGACAUCCGCGACCUGGUGGUGACCUUCCUGGAAGGCCUGAGGAAGAGGUCGAAGUUUGUGGUCGCGCUGCAGGACAACCCGAACCCCACUGGGGAAGAGUCCACGUUUCUGAGCUUCAUGAAGGGAGACCUGAUCCUGUUGGACCAGGACACCGGCGAGCAGGUGCUCAACUCUGGUUGGGCACACGGUGUCAACGAACGAACCAAUCAGAGAGGAGAUUUCCCAGCUGACUGCGUCUAUGUCCUGCCCACCGUGACCCGACCUCAGCCAGAAAUAGUGGCGCUGGUAACCAUGACACCGGACCAGCGACAGGAGUCUGUUCGGGUUUCGCAGCUCGUCCUGCCAGAGGGUGACGACAGAAUGAAACCCUACACGCUGGAGGAGUUCUCCUAUGACUACUUCAGGCCGCCUCCCAAACAUACCCUGAGCAGGGUGAUGGUCACAAAGAAUCGUGGCAAGGACAAGAUGUGGAGCUGCACCAGAGAACCGCUGAAGCUGGCGCUGCUGAAGAAGGUCGUCAACCACGAGGAGCUUUCUCAGGACGCCUGCAUGUCCUUCAUAGCUAUGAUGAAAUACAUGGGCGACUACCCGUCCAAGCGGACGCGCUCCGUUAACGAGUUGACAGACCAGAUCUUUGAAGGAGCGCUGAAGGCCGAACCUGUGAAAGAUGAGAUCUACUGUCAGAUCAUCAAACAGCUCACUGACAACCACGUCAAGUACAGUGAGGAGAAAGGCUGGGAGCUGCUGUGGUUGUGUACUGGUUUGUUUCCUCCCAGUAACGUGCUGCUGCCACACAUCCAGCGCUUCCUCCAGUCCAAGAAACACCACCCGCUCGCUGGAGACUGCAUGCAGAGGCUGCACAAAGCUCUACGUAACGGAGCCAGGAAGUAUCCCCCUCAUCUGGUGGAAGUGGAGGCAAUCCAGCAUAAGACAACCCAGAUCUUCCACAAAGUUUACUUCCCUGACGAUACGGACGAAGCGUUCGAGGUGGAGUCCAGCACCAAAGCCAAGGAUUUCUGCCUGAACAUCUCAACCAGACUGCUGCUCAAAUCUCCUGAAGGAUUCAGCCUCUUCGUCAAGAUCUCAGACAAGGUGAUCAGUGUGCCAGAGGGAGAUUUCUUCUUUGACUUUGUCAGACAUUUGACAGACUGGAUCAAGAAGUCUCGACCAGCCAAAGAGGGAAUCGUUCCCUCUCUGACCUAUCAGGUGUUCUUCAUGAAGAAGUUGUGGACCAACACAGUUCCAGGGAAGGACUCCUUCGCCGACUCCAUCUUUCACUACUACCAGGAGCUGCCUAAGUACCUGCGUGGCUACCAUAAGUGUUCACGAGAAGAGGUUUUCCAACUUGCAGCGCUCAUCUACCGCGUCAAGUUUGAGGACGACAAAUCCCACUUUCCUACAAUUCCCAAGAUGCUUCGGGAGCUGGUUCCCCAGGAUCUCAUUCGCCAGAUGUCACCAGACGACUGGAAAAGGUCGGUGGUUGCAUAUUUCAACAAGCAGGCUGGUAAAUCAAGAGAAGAAGCCAAACUGAUGUUCCUAAAGAUCAUCUACAAAUGGCCGACCUUUGGCUCCGCCUUCUUUGAGGUCAAGCAAACCACAGAGCCCAACUUCCCGGAGAUCCUGCUAAUCGCCAUCAACAAGCAUGGAGUCAGUCUGAUCGACCCGAAGACAAAGGACAUCCUGAUCACUCACCCCUUCACCAAGAUCUCCAACUGGAGCAGUGGGAACACCUACUUCCACAUCACCAUCGGCAACCUGGUCAGAGGAAGCAAACUUCUGUGUGAGACCUCGCUGGGCUACAAGAUGGAUGACCUGCUGACCUCUUACAUCAGCCAGAUGCUGACCACCAUGAACAAGCAACGCUCUGGGCGGGGCCACAGCAAGUGAACUUCUUACUGGCAGGAGGCCGCUGAACUCGUCCGGCUCUUGCGCCCUAUUGGCCAGCACUGCAGCUGGGGGCGGACCUUUGCCCACACUCUGUGGAGGAUGAGCCGCAGUCCUUCUGCUAGCUCAGAAGGGUCAAAGCUUACCGGGGAAAGUUCGGCUGCCAGCAGCGACGACCCUGGCGAAGGCCCCAGCAACUAUCACCACUACAGCUAUGAUGAUGAUGAGGACGAGCCAUCCAGUGAGGAUGACUACCUUUAAAACCUCCAAACUCUCCGUCCAACAGGUGGGUCUUCCUCGAUUAGUUCAGGAUUCAACAGCCAGACCUGUUUGUACAAGAAAUAGUGUUCAGUCAGUACUGCUGUCAUGUUAUGUCCUUAUUUGGCUGAUUCACAUCGAACUGAGGACACUCGGAUCUCAACAGAUCUUGAACAUUUGAAGGACUUUGCUAUCUAAAAAUACAUCAGUAAACUUUAUGUUUUUGGCGGGCUGCCAUGGGACUUUAUACAUUUAUAAACUACAAGUGAUAGUGGUGGACCGCAGUAGCUAGGAAGCUUAUUGACUCAUAAUAGACAAGUGUUGAGUUUAGCAAAAACUUCAAUUAUGUUUUAAUUGGUUAAUCCGUCCAUUUUAUGCCUUUUAUUAAUAAAUUAUUUUACAAGGAAUUAUUCUUAUAUACAGAUGAAUAUCAAUAAAUACAUGUACUUAAUAAUAAUUGUAGACCUUGUCGUCCCUACUGGUUUCUAUCUUUCUUCGAUCGGUAUGAUUGUGAAAAGGGUAUUCAAUUUAAUUCUAUGUAGUAUUUAAAAAGUCUUCCAUUUAAUUUGGUUAACACUGCAGAAACGCUGUUACCAUGCUAACGUUAGCACUCAGCUCAAAGCACAGCUUAGACAUUAACGUAAAGCUGAGCCUGAAAAAGAGUCUCAACUCAGAAGGUAAACGUGUUUAAUUUGGGGUAACAACACCCUCCUGAUUUGUGGCACCGGUGAUGAGGAUCUAAAAAUAUCAAAAUGUUUUCAUCCAUCCGACUAUUUAGUUUUUGUUUCGUGUGUAGUGAACAUUAGAGUGUCGCAAGAGCUUUAGUGAAGCUAUAGACAUUUAGUCUCGUUCCUUUCCUGCCUCGUGCAUCUUGAAAGACUGACAAAAUCAAAAAGUUGUUGAGUUUACGUUCUUUCUUAGAUACAGUAUUGGCUGUGAUUUUGUCGCAGAAAACAAGGUCAGAAACAGUUCAGGUUUCGCGUCUUCUUUACGGUUUUAAUUGUUAAUCUUUUUAUCACUUAUGAGUAACUUUGUUUGGGUUUAGAAAAAAAAAACCAUUUAUCUAUGUUAUCUACAUUUAUCUAUCUAUCUGGUCUUGGAACCAAACAGUGUAACUCAAUUUGCGUUAAGAGACCUCAUUUCCAAUUACCAAUCUCAUUUAUUUAUAACUGUGUGACACGCUAGAAACAGACAGAGGCCUGUGCUACGAAGCAGGAUUUGGUGUUAGUGAGGUAACUUUAGGGUUAACCCUUGAUGGUUUUCAGACCUACGACAGUUGAUCACUUUGUAGCGUGUUUUGGGUCCCAGCCCAUAGCUUUGCUAUUUAUGGCCUAUACUAUGGUUUAAUAUGGAGGUUUUAUUUUUUAAUACUUAAUUCAUGGAUUAUGUUUACACCUUUUUUGUUUAAAGGUGCUAAAUUCGAAAUUCAGAGCAUUAAUAUAGUGCAAACACCUGAGCAGAGAAUGAAGUCUCUUUCUCUGUGUGUUGCAAUCUGAGCUUCUAUCUGCUUUAUUGACAUAUCCAGGCCGGCCGUGCAUGCCUGUCAUUGUGAGUGCGCCGCUCUGCGCUCAUACGGUGGUUUGCGCCAUCCCGACCCACAGCGUUGUCGCGGAAGCAUAGUGCCCACCCUCCAGGCCCCCCCCCCCCCAGGAUAGCACUGUCGCCAUUGUUUGUGCUGUUAGCACAGUUAGCUGCUAGCCGUCGUCAUGUUGAGAGCCGCGUGGAGGCAAUCCCUCAAUCAUAGAUUUGCUCCGAAUAUGGAAUUUAGCACCUUUAAUGUCGUAGAUUAAUAUUAGCUGUUUGUGUUUAGUUUUACAUUUCAUGCCUUAUUUGUUUCUCUUUUUCUGUUGAGACUGCAUUACCCAGCAUUCCUGUGGAGUGCUGCUGCUGUUCUUAUUGGGCUUUUGUUACAUUCCUGUAGUUUGACAAAAUAAGAUCCAAGUACUAGCUUUUUCUGGGGCUUUUAGCUGCCUCUCAGUCUUAAAUAUUUAGUAUCAUGAUAAUAUGUUUGGACAUUCACAUCAGACACAAAUACUCUAUCCAGUGAUGAAAACCAUGAGAUGCAAUCAAAAAGCACUGGAAAAAGCUAGUAAGUCGAUAUCUGGUUGAGACUAUUUUGACUACUCUCACACUCAACAAUCGUCUAGUUUUUUUUUUACUGUUUUUGCAAAUGUCAUUUGUCUUAAUAAAUGCUGAAGUUUGCGGAUGCAUUUAUGGGUCUGAGGUCUAGAUUUUCCGUCUUUGGUUUAAAAGUACACAUUUUUCAGCACAGUUGCCUAAAAUUGUCCUGUUUACUAAGAAACUUACAAACCGAACUGAUAGCAAAUCAUUACAAAUAAAAUGUACUUCAUAGAUCUCCUAAAGUAACUUUAAAAGAAUAGAAGUACUAAGAGAACACAUACCUCCACACCAAGGCUGAGAUGGGUCACCACUGAAGAAUCACACUUACAGUUGCUAUAAAAAAAUAAGUCAAAGUUCAGUAUCAUUCUUAAAACACCUUUUAUACAUGCAGUCCUGGUCUGUUAAAGUUUCUGAGAUAAAUAUAAAAAGUAAGUUGUUUUCCCCAGAAGACAGAAUAUCUGCUGAAAAAACAUUUUUGAAUAUUUGAAAUACGCUCACCCAGUGGCCUUACCGCCAAUAUGGUUGCUUAAAAACAGACGACCAGUUGUUUUUCCAUUGUGGCACUGAGGCUUUAACAUGUGGAAGAAGUGGGUUUACUUAUUCACUUUAACCCUUUGUGGCACUGAUAAGCAUCUUAAGGCCUUGACACACCAAGCCGAUGUCUCACUUGUACAGCUACCUGUUGAUGUAACGAACCCUUCAUCCCUUAACCUGCACUGUUUUGUUUUUAUGAUGAACAAAUACACUGGUAUUUCAACAGUGCCAACCAAUUCAUUUAAUAUGUUCAGUUUGUUGUUUUUCUUUGAGGACUAAUGCAAACUUGUGUUUUUGCCUGUUUUAUAUGGUCUAGAACUGUGUAACUCGAUUAUCUCGACUUCCUGUAGUGCUUCAAUGGUCUGUGUAAUGUGUGCUCUCACUUUUGUAUAAAACAUUAAAUAAAUAAAUUUGUUUUGACUUAA